CGUGAAAGAAACCACCAUGUCGGCGUGGUGAUGCUGGAGAUGCUGUUGGGGCAGCGGGCACUGGACUCGAACCGGCCGAGCGGGCAGCUGAGCCUGGCUGACUGGGCGAAGCCGUACCUGGCAGACCGUCGGAGGCUGGCGCGGCUCAUGGACCCGUGGUUCAAGGGCCAGUACAACUCCAGGCAGGUGUUCACGCAACUGACGCUCGGCUGCCUGACCGGCGAGCUCCACAGCCGGCCCUCGAUGAAGGAGGUGGUGGAGACGCCGGAGCGGGUGGAGGCGAUGAAGAGCCAGACGCGCUGCGGUGGGUCCGGGUCUGGCCGCACCGGUGCCGUGGCGCACCAGCGGUCACCGCGCGUCGGCGGCGGCACCCGUGACGCGUCUAGUUCCACCGCCAACGGCCACAACGCCAGGCCCACGCGAUGACGCUCCAGCAGGGUGGUGACGAUUCUUCAUGUAAAUGGCGUUUUUUUGCCUGGGGGUGGACCUUCCAAAGACGGCGCGCAGUGGACUUCGUGGAACCAGAGUGCAGGGAAGGUGGGGGUGGACUUCACGGAACCGCUGGGCGUGGGGGAGGAGCAUGGGCGCCAUAGCCAGGCGUGGGGGCGAGAUUCAUGCCUGGCCUGCUAGUCGUGGGGGCGGAGCACGGGUUGCUAACGCGGGCAGACCUACUGGUCGUGGGGGCGAAGCACAGGUUGCUGAUGCGGUCGGAUGAGGGGCGCCAUCAGCAGCCGCGGUGGUGUAGCACGAGUGUGACGGCGUGAAUGGAGGCUCCGUCACGGAUGAGGGCUGGGGCGUGCGCGAUUUGUGGUGGGCUGGGGCGGGAGGCUCAGGCUCGGGCUGGACGGUAGUGGGAUGGCGUCGCGGAGACGGGAUCUGUGCGCUUGGAGGAUCGCGGAGGAGAGGGAGGCGUCCGUUGUUGGUAGGAGAUCCCUUGAUGGCGGCGCGGAUGGCGUGGGGAGGAGGGUGGGGCGGAGGCGUCCGUCGCGGAGACGAGAUCUGCGCGUUGGGGAGGAUCGCAGAAG